AUGUGGUCCAGCAUGGUCCAAAACCCAUCCAGCGUGGUCCAGCGUGGUCAAGCACCUCUCCAGUGUGGUCCAGCACAGUCCGGGGCUCAUCCUAUGUGGCCCAGGGUUCAUCUGAUGUGGUCCAACGCUCAUCCAACGUGGUCCAGCACAGUCCGUGGCUCAUCCUACGUGGCCCAGAACUCAUCUGGUAUGGUUCAGCACUCAUCCUACGUGGUCCAGCGCAGCCCAGGGUUCAUCUGCCAUGGCCCGACGCUCAUCCAAAGUGGUCCAGCACAGCCCGAGGCUCCUCCACCACAUCCAAGGCUCCUCCAGCGUGAUGCAGUGUGGUCCAAGGCUCACCCAGUGCGGUCUGACGUGGCCCAAGGCUCACCCGAUGUGGUCCAGUGCGGCCCGCGCUCUCCUGCUGUGGUUCAGCACAACCCAAGGCUUAUCCAACGUGGCCUGGGCCUCAUCCUGUGUGGUCCCGCGAGGCCCGAGGCUUGUCCGACACGGCUCAAGUUGGGCCAGUGCAGCCCCAAACCAACCGAGGCUCACACAAGAUGGCCCAAAGCUCCCGUGAGGUGGCCCCAAAACUCACGUGAGGUGGCCCAAGGCUCAUCCAGCAUGGCCCAAACCAUCUCAAGGCUCAUCCAGCAUGGCCCAAAGCUCGUCCAACAUGGCCCAAGGCCCAGCCAACGUGGCCCAAACCACCUCAAGGCUCAUCCAAUGUGGCCCAAACCACCUCAAGGCUCAUCCAACGUGGCCCAAGGCCCAUCCAACGUGGCCCAAGGCCCAUCCAGCGUGGCCCAAGACCCAGCCAACGUGGCCCAAACCACCUCGAGGCUCAUCCAACGUGGCCCAAACAAUCCCAAGGCUCAUCGAGCACAGCCCAAGCCAUUACCCAACGCAUUCUGAACCACCCCAAGGCUCACACGAGGUGGCCCAGCGCUCCCCCAACACAACCCGAACCAUCCCAAGGCUCACGCCAGGUGGCCCGAGGCUCACCCAACGCAUUCCAAACCAUUCCAAGGCUCGCCCACCCUGGCCCGACGCAUCCCAGGACCCAUCCUGCGCCCCGAGGCCCCUCCAGCAGCACCCAACCCUUGUCCGACCUCCCCGGGACCGACCCUAAAUCGGGGCCGUUUCCCUCAAAUCGCACCGCGAGCGAGCACCGGAGCAGGAAAACCUUCGAGGGCGCCCGGCCGCCCGCUCAACGCUGCCUUUUUGCCGGGAACGCCACAUUUCUCCCCGUUUCCAGGAAUUCUGGCAUUAAGCACUUACCGGAGGGGAGCUGGGGGGACCCCAAUCCGUUUUGUCUGGAUUUGUGUUUUUUUUUGUUGUUGUUGUUUGUUUAUUUUUUCCCCAUUUUUUUUCUUUUCCUCCAGAAACGCCGGUGCUGAUUUUUAAGGGGAGGCUGGGUGGGUUUCGUUUUGGGGAAGGAAACCCGGAAUUUGGCUGCCGUGACCGCGGCGAGGAUGCCCGAGCCUUCCCCUGCCACCGCCGUCGGCCUCCCCCAGUCCGGGGGCGGCUUUAAACUGGAUUUUCAUGGUACCACUGGGAGAGCACAGGGAAGGCUCCUCCCGCCCCUCCCGGGUCUCUUCGCACUUUAACGCCGCCGUUUCCCCAGGAUUUCCCUCGUUUUCCCCCCAGGAUUUCCCUCGCCGCUCGCAGGAACGCCCCCGAUGCCCCCCCAGUGAGGAAAACAGCCGGACCCCCCCCC